AUGGAUAAAUUCCUGGAUGCCUAUAAUCUCCUAUGGCUGAACCCAGAAGUUGUGAAAUACCGGAAUAAACCUCUCACUAUGGCAAAAAUUGAAAUGGAAGCAGAAAUUUUGAUUCAAUUUUAUGAUAUAUCUGGCUCCUCUUUGCAUUUGAUUGAUAAGUUUUGGCUGUUGACAUUAAUUGAGACCAUCGAGAUGAAGAAAUUCAUUGACAUAGUUUGCUCGCCGCUGCCGCCGCCGUCGCAGCGCCCGGGCCCGGCCCGGCCGCCGCGCCGCGCCAGCCCCGCCCUCGUCGCCAGGCCGCAAGGGCCGCGCGCGCCAGCCGCCGGGGAGCGAGCGAGCGAGCGAGCGAGCCCGGGAGGAGGCGGCCGGAGCGAGCGAGGAGCUGCGCGUGUGGCGAGAGGGGAAGCCGCCGCCGCCGCCGCCCCCCCCCCCCCCCGCCGCCCGUCGCCUGCCCUUCGCGCCUCCCCGCCCGCCCCCCGCGGGAGCAGCACCACGUCGGCGCCGGCGGCCAAAGUCAGUAAAAAGGAGCUCAACUCUAACCAGGACGGGGCCGACGAGACCUCAGAAAAAGAGCAGCAGGAAGCGAUUGAACAUAUUGAUGAAGUACAAAAUGAAAUAGACAGACUUAAUGAGCAAGCCAGUGAGGAGAUUUUGAAAGUAGAACAGAAGUAUAACAAACUCCGCCAACCAUUUUUUCAGAAGAGGUCGGAAUUGAUCGCCCAAAUCCCCAACUUUUGGGUAACAACAUUUGUCAACCAUCCACAAGUGUCUGCGCUGCUUGGGGAGGAGGAUGAAGAGGCGCUGCAUUAUUUGACAAGAGUUGAAGUGACAGAAUUUGAAGAUAUUAAAUCAGGUUACAGAAUAGAUUUUUAUUUUGAUGAAAACCCUUACUUUGAAAAUAAAGUUCUCUCCAAAGAAUUUCAUCUGAAUGAGAGUGGUGAUCCAUCUUCAAAGGCCACUGAAAUCAAAUGGAAAUCUGGAAAGGAUUUGACGAAACGCGCAAGUCAAACACAGAAUAAAGCCAGCAGGAAGAGACAGCAUGAGGAACCCGAGAGCUUCUUCACUUGGUUCACUGACCAUUCGGAUGCUGGUGCAGAUGAGCUCGGCGAGGUCAUCAACGACGACAUUUGGCCAAACCCAUUGCAGUACUACUUGGUUCCUGACAUGGAUGAUGAAGAAGGGGAAGGAGAAGAAGAUGACGACGAUGAUGAAGAGGAAGAAGGAUUGGAAGAUAUUGAUGAAGAAGGGGAUGAAGAUGAAGGUGAAGAAGAUGAAGAUGACGACGAGGGAGAGGAAGGAGAGGAGGAUGAAGGAGAAGAUGACUAACGGAACACUGACGGAUUCCAAUCUUUUUUAAUU